AUGAAAGAUGAAAUUAUGUGGGCUGGCGCGCGGCGGCAGUGCGCGCAGGAGGGCGCGGCGCUGGCCGUGCUGACGUCACGGCGCGAGGCCGAGCUGCUGUCGAGGGACUUCGCCUUCAACGCCAGCGGCGCGCAGCACGGCCAUCUGGCGUGGCUGGCCGCCUCCGACGCCGCGCAGGAGGGCGCCUGGCUCACCAUCGCAGGUCUUCCGUUGGAGGAGACAGGAUACGUGAAGUGGCAUCCUAGCGAGCCCAACGGUGGAAACAAAGAGAACUGCUUGGCGCUCACUAAGGCUGACGGCUUCUUCAUCGAUGCAAAUUGUGCCUGGAAGCUUUCGUACAUAUGCAAAAUGCCAAUGUGAAAUCCUUUAUUUAUUAAUUUGCUCCUUCUAGUAUUCAUAGCUCCAAGUUCAUUUCUUCUAAAAUAUCUUUGGUUAAGACUGUUUUUUGUACUUUCAUUGUUCAUUUCAAGGAAACCCGAAUACAUAAUUUUGUGAUAUCAUUUUAAUAGAAAAAGCUCAUAAAAAUCAUAUAAUUAAAAACUUAUUUUUCCUCCCUGAGGUUUAAUAACAUUUUCAAGGUAGAUGUUUCGAAGGAAACUUCAUCAAUGGAAUUAGCCACAGAUAAAGUUUAAGGAACAGUAAUGGGGCUUCUGUAUUCUGUUAUCAAAUAAAUUUGUUUUCACAAACCUGCAUUUUAUUUUUUAGUUAAUUCAAAGCAAUAUGAUUGUUUCGUAAUAUUUAAAAUCUAGAAUUUACAUUUCCUAAUAUAUUUUCUAAAUUAAUCAACAUUCACUCCAUGCGUGAAUUGACCGUGAAUAAUACAAAUUUAAUUUUACGGUUGCAAUGAAAUCAUAAUUUACUUAGACUUCGCUACGUG